UUGGGUUGAUCGCAGUGAGCGGAACGUUGCUGUGGCGAUAAUCGGCUUGUUGUUCGUUUUUUUUAAGAAACAUAUUGACAUUACACUUUUGUACCGUUUAAUCUCUUUUGUUCUGAUUUAUCAGAAGACUAUCAGAAGAUCUGCAAUGUCUUCAAAGGAAGACAGGGCUAAAGAGAUCCUGAAGGGCUUUAAGCUGUAUCCUUUACUGUGUGAAUAUUUCACUCCAUGAAGUGGCGGUUCCCCUGGAUCUGUCCAGAUGACCACUGAACCGCCAGCAGCUGCUGGAGACAUAAUUGGAUGAACCUCCGUGAUGCCGAGACAGGAAAAGUUUUGUGGCAAGGCACAGAAGAUCUCUCAUUACCAGGAGUGGAACAUGAAGCUCGGGUUCCGAAAAAAAUCCUUAAGUGUAAAGCUGUUUCCAGAGAAUUAAAUUUUUCUUCAUCUGAACAGAUGGAAAAAUUCAGGCUAGAGCAAAAAGUUUUCUUCAAAGGACAGUGCUUAGAAGAAUGGUUUUUCGAAUUUGGUUUUGUCAUUCCUAAUUCAACGAACACUUGGCAAUCAUUAAUAGAAGCAGCACCAGAAUCUCAAAUGAUGCCAGCUAAUGUUUUAACUGGUAAUGUAGUCAUAGAAACCAAAUUCUAUGAUGAUGACCUCCUUGUAAGUACUUCCAAAGUCAGACUUUUCUAUGUUUGAAGUGAAUUGUCUGCGGUUUAGUUUGAAAUGUCUUGCUGAUGGCAGAUGGAUGAGACACUUUUUAGCCUCGUGACCAAUGGAUCAGCUGUAUCUGGAUGGCAACUGGCAAAUUAGGUUCCUCAGAAAUGAUUUAGAAGAUUGAAGUGAGCAAGACUCAGAGCAAAAAAAAGACUCUUGUAAAAGAAGAAUGAGCAGUGACAGUACUGUAUUUUCUUGAGACCAAUGUUGUACAUUAUUUUAAUUGCUACUUGCUUUGAAUCUGUAUACACUGCUUUGCUUCCAUAUUUGUAUUAUAUGUAGUUGUACUUCAAGUUUAUUUAGCAGUUAGUCCAUGUUAAUUAGUUUCUUUCAUUGACAAUUGUGAUAUAUCAUUGUAACAAAGUGUAAAAUACUCCUUGUAUGUUAUAUAGAGUUAUAAUGAGAGGUCUGAGCAACAUUUCAGUCUGAAUGAAAUAAAGGCUGUUGCUUCUGUAUUUUACAGUCAAAUGUAGUUUGUACUGUAUAUAUUGGUGCAGUAAUAUUUUAUAACAUGUUUUCAGUUUAUAAUUUGUUUGCUAAGUUACAAUAUUAAACAAGUUAGCUUUAAAUAAUGAUUUUAAGUAAAUCUUUUUUUAAUCUAAGGAUUUUCUUGGGAUAAUGUUGCUGAACUGUUAGAGAUACAAUAUAAAGUUAUGUAUAUUAUGUCACUGGGAGGUAGGAUUGAUCACUCAUCCAACAAAGUUAACUACUGUGAACCAAUGCAUUUUGUUAGUAAUCUAAUUGUUACUCUUCCCUGCAAUUUCAUCUUGAAGACCAAAAUUAACAAAGCAUUAAAUAUUUUUCCAGGAAUGCUGAUCUCAUCAGAAAAUCAUCUACUGUACUGUAAUUCAAUAUGUAAACAAUCUUUUGUUCCUCUUGUAUCCUCUCUUCCUUCAAUAGUCUGACCCCCUGUGAUUUCCUGUUUGAGAAUUUUUCCUUUGUAAUUCCUCACCAAAUCAGUUGUCAAAUUGUAGUGGAAUAGAAAUUGUAAAAUUUAAUUUGAUGCAUUUAUUAUUUUAGGUCUCUAACAAAAUUUCCUCAACUUGCCCUUCAUCAUCCAAAAUGAAGGCCACACAUUGGUGAUGACUAUACAGUGUCUGCACCUUAUUUGGACAAAUAACAUUUAAGAUACUUACUAAUUACAAGCUUUCAGAGGAACAUGUAUAAACUAUUUUAUUGAACAUGCUCUUAUUGCAAUUUCCUCCUGCAUGUUGUGGUUUUGUACUCUUAGUAGAACUUUGGGUGUUGUAUGUUUAACAUUAAGAUAUAUUUAGACAAAUUUGGGAUGGAUUGCUGUCCAUGAGCAGUGGGUAGAAGUUCCUUUCAGCAUGCUGACUCUGCCUAGGGCAACUAUCUAGCCAGAGAAACUGUUUUCCAUUCCAACAACAAAUUCAUUGUUGAGUCAAUGAAUCCACACUUCAUUUGAUUUCUUGUUUGCUUCUUGAGCAGCAGGAACAAAAAAGAGAAGAUAAUCAGUUGGAUUUAAAUGUUUAUUAUUAUCGUACACUGGAGAUCUCUGACUAGGACCUUUUGUUUGCUGGAGGGGAAUGUGUUGUGCAUCCAGCUUGUCUUAUAAAGAUCUGUCUCUCAGGGUACAGGUUUAUUUGUAACUAUCCAUUUUAAUGGUUUGAAUGAUAUUUAUAGAUUAAAUGUGAGUUAUUGAUGG